UCUAACUUAAAUGCUUUUUAACUUGGCAGUGCACAUUAAGGAGCAGACAGACGAUAUGCAGCAUUCUGACUGUCAGAUGGAGACACAGUGUGCGGAUCAAAUUAAAGAGGAGUCCUCAUGCUCGGAUAAUGAGGAGUGCAGCACGAGUAAGGCAGUUAUGCCGGCCAGCCUGUACACCAAUCACAAGCCCUUAUGUUCGGACAGUGCAGGUUAUGGUGUGAGUGAGGCAGAAAAGCUAACUGAUGAGGUAAAGGAGGAGGCCCUGUGUUCAGACGGCAUGACUGGCAUGAGCGAGUCGGCCAUGCUGGCCGGUGUGGAUACUGACCAUGAUGUAAAGGAUGAGCUUGUGCUCGGAUCAGAGCAUGUGAAGGAAGAGCCUUCAUUGUCGGAGAGCCUGGAGUAUGGAAUGAGUGAGGCAGCCAUGCUGGCAGACCUGUAUGCUGACCAUGUUGUAAAAGACGAGUUGGUGCUGGGGCCGGAGCAUCCACAUCGGCCAGAUGUUUCUCUGGUAGUCCUCGACUGGGCGCUAGCUGUCACAGACGGUUUCCUGCAGGAGCCUCGGAAGCACACCUCUGCAACGCACCCGGCACUGAAGGACUGCUGCGUAAGGCUCGAGCGCCUCCACCACGAGGCCCCGGCCUUGCACACCAUACAAGACACCACUCACACUGACAGCGAUCCUGAAGAUGAAAUGUACACUACAGUUGACUGUGAGAGAGUGCCUGAACCGGUGUGUGAUCUUUGUGGCAAGAAGUUUUCUCUAAAGUCUGAGUUAUUGAAGCAUGUCAUGACCCACAUUCACACGUCUAGUAUGGAGCAAGAAGGCAGCGGGCCUGUUGUCGCUGACUAUGUAUUUGAAGAAAAUCCGUUACAGGAGCGCGUCCUUAGUCGAGACUCUCCGCUCGCGCUCCGAAACGGCUGCGUGCUGCUCGAACACCUCCAACACCACGAGGCGCUCGCCGGCAACGACACAACACAUACUGCCGUGUCAGUACCGUGUAACAAGCAGUUUCAGGAUGUGCGACUAUUAAACAAACAUAAAAAAGUUCAUACAGGUGAAAAACCGAAACCGAUGUGCGAAAUAUGUAAAAAACAGUUUUCGAAGAACUCCUUAAAUAUACACAAAGUUACCCACACGGGUAUUACGUGUGAAAUUUGUAACGAACAUUUUAGGCAAUGGGAAAAAUUUCGAAUUCAUAAGCGAACUCACACGGGCGGGACGAUAUAUACGUGCGCGCUGUGUAAUAUGAAGUUUGCAAAUGUCUGGAAAUUGAAUGCGCACAAACGAACACAUACAAACGAGCGGCCACACGCAUGUGGGAUAUGUGGAAAGCGGUAUACACGAGCUUCUCAUUUAACGAGACAUAAUCGGUAUCACACUGGUGAAAAACCGUUCUCCUGCAAGAUGUGUGAUAAGAAAUAUUCGGGACAAGAUUCUUUGAGCAAACACAUACUAAGUCAUACUGGAAUGAAGCCUUAUUCUUGCGAAGUCUGCAAAAAACGGUUCGUGCAAAAGGGCCAUUUGAACACACACAUAUUGAGCCAUACUGGAGCGAAGCUUUAUUCUUGCGAUAUCUGCAAAAAACGGUUCACGCGAAAGUUCGAUUUGAACACACACAUACGAAGCCAUACUGGAGUGAAGCCUUAUUCUUGCGAAAUCUGCAAAAAACGGUUCGCGCAAAAGAGCUAUUUGAACAUACACAUACGAAGGCAUACGAAGCCUUAUUCUUGCGAAAUCUGCAAAAAACGGUUCGCACAAAAGAGCAUGCACAUUAAGGAGCAGACAGACGAUAUGCAGCAUUCUGACUGUCAGAUGGAGACACAGUGUGCGGAUCAAAUUAAAGAGGAGUCCUCAUGCUCGGAUAAUGAGGAGUGCAGCACGAGUAAGGCAGUUAUGCCGGCCAGCCUGUACACCAAUCACAAACCCUUAUGUUCGGACACUGCAGGUUAUGGUGUGAGUGAGGCAGAAAAGCUAACUGAUGAGGUAAAGGAGGAGGCCCUGUGUUCAGACGGCAUGACUGGCCUGAGCGAGUCGGCCAUGCUGGCCGGUGUGGAUACUGACCAUGAUGUAAAGGAUGAGCUUGUACUCGGAUCAGAGCAUGUGAAGGAAGAGCCUUCAUUGUCGGAGAGGAAUGGCCUGGAGUAUGAAAUGAGUGAGGCAGCCAUGCUGGCAGACCUGUAUGCUGACCAUGUCGUAAAGGACGAGUUGGUGCUGGGGCCGGAGCAUCCACAUCGGCCAGAUGUUUCUCUGGUAGUCCUCGACUGGGCGCUAGCUGUCACAGACGGUUUCCUGCAGGAGCCUCGGAAGCACACCUCUGCAACGCACCCGGCACUGAAGGACUGCUGUGUAAGGCUCGAGCGCCUCCACCACGAGGCCCCGGCCUUGCACACCAUACAAGACACCACUCACACUGACAGCGAUCCUGAAGAUGAAAUGUACACUACAGUUGACUGUGAGAGAGUGCCUGAAUCGGUGUGUGAUCUUUGUGGCAAGAAGUUUUCUCUAAAGUCUGAGUUAUUGAAGCAUGUCAUGACCCACAUUCACACGUCUAGUGUGGAGCAAGAAGGCAGCGGGCCUGUUGUCGCUGACUAUGUAUUUGAAGAAAAUCCGUUACAGGAGCGCGUCCUUAGUCGAGACUCUCCGCUCGCGCUCCGAGACGGCUGCGUGCUGCUCGAACACCUCCAACACCACGAGGCGCUCGCCGGCAACGACACAACACAUACUGCCGUGUCAAUUUCACAAGCGUAA